AUGCUGAUUGGCGGAGAUGACAUUAGUAACGACGUCAUUACUCUUGGCACGUGUUUUCAGUGUUUGUCAGACAUUCGCAGGCUAAGGGCUUUAUAUCCAAUAGGCGCUUAUACAACCGGGAUAGAAAAAGCGCUUCGAAACAAGCUAUGGCAGUGCUUAUUAUAUUAGGUUUUGCAUUUACGUCUUUUUACUCAAGGUUCAACUAGUCAUAAUAAAUUAAAUUCAAUUUAAGCUAUUAGCUACCGGCGAGUUUAUAUCCGGUGGUGGGCUUAUAAUCGCAUGAUUUUUUCGCUUCCAGUAGAUACUAGCCUAAAACAGGGCGGAGGCCGGAGGAGGGGUUGGGGGAGGGGUCUUAUAAGCGGUUUAACGUAUAAGUCAACUCCCUUUAUGAUUUUAAACUGGAAAGUUAAUUAGCGUCCAAUAUUUUCCAAUUGUGACAGAUAGAGUGACCAAUCUGGCUGAUACGAAUCGAUACGAGGCAACCAUACUUUAUUUAUCCUAGAGUUUACGCUUAGUUAAUCAGCUAGUUUACUAGUUAACGGCCCUAGUUUAUUUUAAAACUUAAAAACUAAAAAUGUACAGUUAUAAUUAACAUAACCGUAAAGCUAAGAACUAAGAAUCGAUAAACGAUUCUUAAGUUCCAAACAAUCCCUCUCUAUGGUAAUUACUAUAUGGGGCAUACUGAACCAGAAUAUUCAGCAAAAGAACCCAACAGAGAGUUUUAAUCCAUCAUCAUUGCAAAACCAACAAUCCCCGUUGCUCAUGGGCACUACUAAUAAAAGGACGCAACGUCAAAGACCGUUGCGACACGACGUCACGGCGGCCAUAUUAGAGUACAGGAAAAAAAUCCUCUCGGCAUUGAACUCUUCCUCAUGUAAACUUUUUUCAACUUUCAACAAAUUCGCAUUGUAGAUGAUCGCGUCAGUAAAAACGAUCUAUACAAUAAUUGUCGAUCAGGUAUUUCAAAAUUUCAUGUUUUUUUUUUCCUAGGAAGGAGAGAGAAUCAUUUGUGAGGAAAGUACUGGUUUUAGAGCCGUCUUCGUUGUACAAAGUGGAUUUAAAGCGAGUUCAGCAAGCUGGCACGGAUGUCAGUGAAGAUUGUGACAAAGAAGAUGUGCAAACAGCGCGCUGGUGA